UUAAUAGAGGAUCCUGCAGUUGAAACAGCAGAAGAAGCUACGGAACCAGCAGAGGCAGAUAUCAAUGAACUUUGUAAGGAUAUGUUUAACAAAAUGGCCAUUUACCUAACAGGGGAACUAACAGCCACUAGUGAAGACUACAAGCUGUUAGAAAAUAUGAACAAACUUACUAGUCUGAAAUACCUAGAAAUGAAAGAUAUUGCUAUAAACAUAAGUAGAAACUUGAAAGACUUGAAUCAGAAAUGUAAGUAGAGUUCUGUUUGCUUCAGAAGU